AUGGACGUGUGUCAGAACUCUGCGCAGCAGCCUGUAUGUCCCCAGGAGGCGCCGGCUGAGGAGAGAACGCUACAGGACAAUGACACCGUGGGACCCCCUGGAGAUCCUCAGGAAUUAGAACCGUCCCUCCGCAGCCUCCAGAAAUUCGUCCCUACAGACUAUGCCAGCUACACUCAGGAGUCUUACCGCUUCGCAGGCAAGAAUAUCAUCAUUCAAGAAUCCAUAGAGAGUUACGGAGCAGUGGUGUGGCCAGGGGCCACGGCUUUGUGUCAGUACUUGGAGGAACAUGCAGAGGAACUCAGUCUCCAAGACGCUAACAUCCUAGAAAUUGGCGCUGGACCGGGCCUUGUUUCCAUCGUGGCCAGUAUUUUAGGAGCUCAAGUCACAGCAACGGAUUUGCCUGAUGUCCUAGGCAACCUGCAAUAUAACCUCUUAAAAAACACACUAAAACGUACAGCACAUCUGCCUGAAGUGAAAGAACUGGUGUGGGGGGAAGACUUGGAGCACAACUUCCCAAAGUGUGCAUUUUACUACGACUACGUGCUGGCUUCCGAUGUGGUCUACCACCACUACUUCCUGGACAAGCUGCUUGCCACCAUGGUGCACCUUGCCCAGCCAGGGACAGUGCUGCUGUGGGCAAACAAGUUCAGGUUCAGCACCGAUUAUGAAUUCCUAGACAAAUUCAAGCAAGUCUUUGAGACAACUCUCCUGGCUGAAUAUCCAGAGUCAUCCGUCAAAAUUUUUAAGGGGAUUCUCAAAUGGGACUAAAUCAAAACAAAAUGCCUU